AUGCAUGGAGUAGUCAGUGAAUUAAUAGCUCUUACAUCACCUUAAGAUUUUUAUGAUUUCCUAGAGUACUAUAAAGGAAAUCUGGAUUAUUAAGAGAAUUUAGAUAACGCUGUACAAGUUAAUAAAUAAUAAGAUUAAGCUAGAGUUGAUGGUAAUCAAGGAUACUUCAACCUCUAGAUUCAAUAGAUGAGAGAAGAUUUCAUCCGAUAGUUUUAAGAUCUUAAAAAAGAAAUGCAACUACAAAGUAAUAGUUAGAUAGAAAAAUUCUAAAAGUUAAUAACUUAAAAAUUUGGACAAAAUGACCUUGUAGCCUAAAAUUUGCUAGAAUCUUAGUUAAAAAAUCAAGACUAUGAUAAGAAUAAGAUUGAAUAACUGAAGAAAACGAUAAUUGAUUUAUAAGAGAGACUUAACUUAGGCAUUAGAUAAUCUAAUGAAAGCUUUUUUUCAGACAUGGGCAAUAGAUAGGAUUACAAAAAUGCUUUUGAUGAAAUUUUGAAUUUACUUGGGGAAGAUUUAAGCAGAAUAGAGGAAAGAGAGAAAUCUAUCUUAGGUAACUAACCUGAUGCUUCUUAUGAUUAAGAGGAAUAAAAAUAAGCAGAAAAUUUGAAAUCAAAGGAUGGUAGAAAGUCUCAUUAAGAUCCUACAUCUAUCUCGAAUGGGAUUGCAAGUACAAAAUUUGAAAGCACCGGCCAAAAUGAAAUGAACAGUGAUAAGUCUGGAAUCGGCUAUGCUGAUUCAAUAUUAUAGCCAUCAAGCGAAUCAGAUGAUUCGCAAAAUCAAAUACUCGAUCUCAAAGGAAUCCUGGUAAAUAGGGAUUAAAUUAAUGAGAGUCUCGAUAAUUCUAGACAUAAUGAAUCAAUAAGAUCAAAUAGUCAAGGGGAUGUCGAGGAAUUAGAUCAAAAUGUUAGCUAAAAUGUAAUAUUUUUAAACGAUGAUGAAAAUCUUAUAAUUGGAUUAAACUACUAAUAUUCAAUGCUAAAACAUACUAAGACAGGUGUAAUUUAAGCUAUGAGAUUUAAUGAUACUAUUACAUCUAUUUUCAAACUCCAUAACUAUUUGGUGUUUGGGCUAUAAAAUUCAAAAUUGAUGAUUAUUAGUUCACAGGAUUACACUAUUAAAGCUGAAAUUAUUAUCAGAGCAAAAGCUAUGAAGUACUUAAUAAUUCCUGGUGGGUAAAGGUUUGAAUAUCUUGCUGUUUUCUGCCAAUCAGGACAUAUUGAAAUUAUCUCUAUUUAAAGUUUUGUAGUGUUAGCAUCACUAAGUCAUUCAAGUGGGAUGGAUUUCUCAGAUGCUGCUCCCACAAGUAAAUAUUCUGAGUACAUUGUAGGAUUCGCUCAUAAAAAUAGAAAUUAAUACUUAAAUGGAAUGAUUGCUUCUAUUAUAUUAUCCAUUCGUGAGGUAAAUGGCCCAGAAAUCUAAAUAAUAUUUGAGGAGAUUGAGAAUAGUAAGGUUUAUGUUAAGGCAGGUAAAAGUAGUCAAGCACCUAUAUAUUGCUUUGCAGAAGCAUAAAAACAAGACCUGUUUAUAGUUUGUACUUCAGAUACUGAAUUCAAAUUGUAUGACCAUACUUAAAGAAAAAUACUUCAAUAAACAAUCCCAAAUCCAUCUUAAGCUGAAAAUUUUAACUACUUGUAGAAAGUUUGCUUUUAUUCUUAGCAGUAUCCCUAUUUGAUUUAUAAGGAUUCCAGAAGUGUUGGAUAUAUUGAUUGUACAGAUUUUGUUGCUCAUAAAAUUAGUGAAUGCUUAUUUAAACACAAUGGUAAUCAUCAUACUCUACAUCAAAAAGAGAUGUAAAGCCCUGGGCAGCUUUUAUUGCAUACUUUAUGGUAUACUCCAGAAGAUAAAUCAAAGAAUAUAUCUCUGGAGAGAAAAAAUAUCAAUAUAAAUGUAAUAUUGAAGAAAAAGGAGAAUUUACAAAAUUGA